GCAUUGCAUCCAGUACAAGUAUCUCUCACUAGACGUUGGCUAGAAAGAAGCCAUGGCCUCUACUUCGUCCCUAUCAGUCGUGUUGCUCUUGUGCCUGGCCGUGGCGGCGUCGGCGCAGCUGUCGCCGACGUUCUACCAAACGACGUGCCCGAACGCUCUGUCCACCAUCAAGGCCGCCGUGACGGCCGCCGUGAACAAGGAGAACCGCAUGGGCGCGUCGCUGCUCCGGCUGCACUUCCACGACUGCUUUGUCCAAGGUUGUGACGCGUCUGUUCUGCUGUCUGGCAUGGAACAAAACGCGGCGCCGAACGUCAUGUCCCUGCGAGGCUUCGAAGUCAUCGACAGCAUCAAGGCGAAGCUCGAGACCAUGUGCAAGCAGACCGUCUCCUGCGCCGACAUCCUCACCGUCGCUGCCCGCGAUUCCGUCGUCGCCUUGGGAGGGCCAUCGUGGACGGUUCCGCUAGGAAGGAGGGACUCCACCAAUGCAAACGAAGCAGCGGCGAACUCCGACCUACCUCCCCCGUUCUUCGACCUCGUCAACCUCACCCAAUCCUUCGGCAACAAGGGCUUCACCGUCACCGACAUGGUCGCGCUCUCCGGUGCCCACACCAUCGGACAGGCGCAGUGCCAGAACUUCAGGGAUAGGCUCUACAACGAGACUAACAUCAACUCCGGUUUCGCGACGUCGCUCAAGGCCAACUGCCCCCGGCCGACCGGCUCCGGCGACCGCAACCUGGCCAAUCUGGACGUGUCUACCCCGUACUCAUUCGACAACGCCUACUACAGCAACCUCAAGUCCCAGAAGGGGCUCCUGCACUCCGACCAGGUGCUCUUCACCGGCACGGGCGGCGGCACGGACAACAUCGUCAACAACUUCGCGAGCAACCCAGCUGCGUUCAGCGGCGCCUUUGCCUCGGCCAUGGUGAAGAUGGGGAACCUCAGCCCAUUGACUGGCUCUCAGGGGCAGGUCAGGCUGAACUGCUCCAAGGUGAAUUAACUGGCAAAAAAUAAUGAUAUAUGUGGGAUUAAUAAGGCUAGCAAUGGCCAAUAUAUAUAAUAUCAUGUAUUGUAUAUUAUAUACAAUCCAUGAUGUACUUAGGUGCCGUUACUUGGACCAUAAACUUGUGAAACAGGAGAUGUGUCAUAUAUGUAUGUCACAAAGGGCCUCGUGCAAAGGCAUGAAGCUUUCUCUUAAGUCAGUUACUUUGUUGGCUGCUGAAUAGGCCAUGCCGCCAUGCAUGUUGUGCAAUGGGAAAAAUUAACGAGGAGCUUUUUCUGUUGUAUAACAGACUUCUA